CCGCCCACAUCCCAUCACAUUUACAGCUUCACCCUUCGCUGCACUCUGGAUUCCUGUCCCUCGUUUCCUCCGCACCCACCCUUUUUGCUUUCGUCCUCUUUGCUUGUUACACUCCGUGAGUGGAUGUGCAGGCUGCCAGCGCUGACGUUUCCAGAGGUGGGAGCCGGGCGAGUAGAAGCCCAGUGUCUGAGAGGAGACUACUCCAGAGACCAGUGCUGCUCCUGCUGCCGCAGAAAGGAAAGCAGUUCGUGUCAGGGGCAGUCAAGGCAACGCCGAAUCUUCCAUUUAUUGGGAGAGGGUCUAAAUGUACCUUGCUCUUCCAAAAUGAUGCAGUAAAAUGGUUUUGCCCAGAGAAGGGGGGUUCUGAAAAUGCAGCCAGAGCAAUGUCAAAGCUGAAGCCAGAUUUUGGUGCAGAAAAUGACCAAAGCUUUUAAAAACUGCAGUGCUGCCUGCCCUCCAUCUCCCCUGUAAGUGUUUCCAUAUGCCAUCUGCAGCCUGUGUGCCACUCUGGUUCUACUUCCAAUACAAAACAGAAAAUGAAGAAUAAAAUCAGGAAUAAUUGGAAAGGCAGAUGCUGGAUUUCAGAAAAUGUCAAUGUACAAAUACACAGAAUGGAAGAACAAUCAUUACUAAUCAACAUGGAUUGAAUUUUACUUUACUGGAUGCAUCUGACAUUUAAAUUGCGGCAAACAGAAAAAAUAUAUUCAUGGCAUUUCAUAAAGUAUAAUUCUGAAAUGUGCAACGUUCAGGAAUAAUUCAAGAACUUAAUUAUAAAAAGCCACAUCAAAUAUUUAGAAAAUGUAUGAUUGAUUUAGUGUACACAAUUUAAAAACAUGAUUGCUUGCUAAAAAGCAUUAGCUUUUGAGGAAAUAUUUAAUCACUGAUAAAAAAAAUCGCCAAUUUUGUUAAGCAAUAUAUAUAUAUAUAUAUAUAUAUAUAUAUUUAUUUAAAUAUGUUAAAUAUGGCAUGAAUAUAACCAUCAAGGUUGUGGCUUAUGAAUUAAUAAUUCCAAAUAGGAAACCAUAUUUAGAUCUGUUUCAAUAAAAGUAAAAUAGCAAACUAAAAUAAGAAACUAUAACCCUGUAUAAAUGCUACUUCCAAUAUAUAUAUUCAACAAAAAUGCUAUGAAUAUCAUGACAAUAUAUAAAUAUAUAAUUUAGGGAUACAAAAUAUGUAUAACUGACUAUUCUCCAAAUGGACCAUGGCUCUAAAUUAUACAGAACACUAUAUUUUUCUGUUUAUUACUAUUUUGUUCUUCUUUUUCAUUGAUAAAUCUGCUAGCAAUUCAUCCGAUUGGUUGUUGCUGACUAAUAAUGUUGCUCAGUAUCACAAAUUAUAUGAAUUUACAUCUAGUGCCAAACAGAAGAGUGGUUUACAUCCAAAUUUGUACUUUGAUGCUACAAAUGUUCAAGAAUUAAGGCAGAAAUCACAUACUAGUCACAUACAUUUAUAUAGGACAAUUAGAAAUGCUGUAAUGAAGAUGCUCUCUAAUCCAUCAUACUAUUUGCCUCCACCAAAGCAUGCUGAUUUUACAGCAAAAUGGAAUGAAAUUUAUGGAAACAACCUUCCUCCUCUGGCACUGUAUUGCCUGCUUUCUCCAGAUGAUAAAACCGCAUUUACUUUUGUACUUGAGUAUAUGGACAGGAUGGCUAAUUACAAAGACUGGUUAGUCCAAACUGCUCCUGGUGAUGAAGUGCCUCUUGGGCAUUCAUUAACUGGCUUUGCCACAGCCUAUGACUUUCUGUAUAGUUCACUCGAUAAUGAUAGAAGGCAACGAUAUAUUAAAAAGAUCCAAAUGGCCAGUGAAGAAAUGUAUGAAUAUUCUAAAAUUCGCUCAUGGGGAAAACAGUUUCUUCACAACCACCAAGCUACUAAUAUGCUAGCACUGCUUACAGGAGCAUUGGUUGUACAGGUUUAUAGAGAAGCCCAGGCUAAUGUUUGGAAACAAACUGUGGUUGAUGUAAUGGAAAAGACCAUGUUUCUUCUAAAUCAUGUUGUUGAUGGCUCUUUGGAUGAAGGAGUUGCUUAUGGAAGUUAUACUUCUAAAUCUAUUACUCAGUAUGUUUUCUUAGCACAUCGACAUUUUGGUAUCAAUCACUUUGAGAACACCUGGUUGAAAAUGCACUUCUACUUUUAUUAUUCUACCCUGCUGCCAGGUUUUCAGAGAACAAUUGGAAUAGGAGACUCAAACUAUAACUGGUUUUAUGGUCCUGAAAGCCAGUUGGUGUUUCUGGACACAUUUAUUUUAAAGAAUGGGAUAGGGAAUUGGCUAGCCUAUCAGAUCCGAAAACACAGACCUAAAGAUGGACCUAUGGUACCAUCUACAGCACAGAGGUGGAGCACCCUUCAUACAGAAUAUCUAUGGUACAAUGCAGAUCUUUCUUUGCAUCCUCCUCCUGAUCAUGGCACUGCAAAAAUGCACUUGUUUCCAAACUGGGGAGUUGUGACUUAUGGAGCUGGAUUACCAAAUACUCAGACUAAUACAUUUUUCUCUUUCAAAUCUGGAAAGCUUGGUGGUCGGGCAGUUUAUGAUAUUGUUCAUUUUCAACCAUACUCUUGGGUAGAUGGAUGGAGAAGUUUCAAUCCAGGGCAUGAGCAUCCUGAUCAAAACUCCUUUACAUUUGCUCCCAAUGGACAAGUCUUUGUCUCUGAAGCACUAUAUGGACCAAAAAUGAGUUAUUUAAAUAAUAUACUAGUUUUUGCUCCAUCACCUACGAGUCAGUGUAAUAAACCUUGGGAAGGACAGUUGGGAGAAUGCUCACAGUGGCUUAAAUGGACAACCGAAGAAUCUGGUGAUGUAUCUGGUGAGAUUAUAACAGCCAAUCAGCAUGAAGAAAUGGUAUUUGUAAGUGGUGAAGCAGUCUCUGCUUAUUCGUCUUCCAUGAGAUUAAAGAGUGUUUACCGUGGUUUACUGCUUUUAAACCAUCAGACUCUUUUGGUAAUUGAUCAUAUAGAGAAGUAUCAAGAUUCUCCAAUAUCUCUAGCUAGUGCCUUCUUCCACAAUCUGGAUAUUGAUUUUAAAUAUGUUGCUUUUAAAUUUUUAAACAAAUACAAUGGCGCUAUGAUGGAUAUUUGGGAUGCUCACUACAAAAUGUUUUGGUUAGACCAAAAUGGUAAUAGCCCCUCUGCAAGGAUACAAGAAGCAGAACAGGCAGCUGAAUUUAAGAAGCGUUGGACGCAAUUUGUAAAUGUAACCUUUCAAUUGAAUGACAAAAUUUCAAGAAUCGCAUACUUAUUCUUUGGGCCAUAUGUUAAUGUAUCAGAUCUAAAGUUUCUAGAUGAUAGUAAAUUCGGGGUUAAGAUUUCUGUAAAGAUUAACAAUACUGAAAAUAUUGUAUCUUUAGUUACUGAAUAUAAUGAUUUAGAGGCCCGAUUUAGCUUUCUUGGAUUUGGCGGGUUUGCAAAAGUAGAGAAUCAAGAAAAAAUAGUACGGUUUGGCUUAGGGGUUGAUCAUAUUAGAAAACAUGAACCUGUUGGUUUAAAUAUAUUUCAUUUUGGCUUGAAAGUAAAUGUAAUGAUUGGAUUGAUAUUGUGCAUAGGUCUGGUCAUUUUAGCAUUUAACUGGAGAUUCUAUAUUUCCUUUAGUAAGCUGAUGCGCUGGAUCCUAGUAUUGAUUAUUACACUUUAUUUUUUUGAAUUACUAGAUGUAUGGAGUACAUGUACCCAACCCAUUUGUGCUAAGUGGAACAGUGAAAUAGCAGACAGUGAAAAUAAAUAUGAAAGGCAAUCUAUAAAUCUCCCAGCUAUAAUUAUCACCUCUCUUCCCAGUUCAGGAGCUGAGAUUUUAAAGCAACUUUUUUUCAACAGCUCUGAUUUCAUAUAUAUUAGAGUCCCUACCGCUUAUAUUGAUAUUCCAGAUGGAGAGUUUAAGGUUGAUUCGUUUGUCGAUGCAUGUGAAUGGAGUAGUUCUGAUGUUCAGGAAGGACAUUUUAAAUUAAUCCAAGGUUGGCUGCAGUCACUACUUCAGAAUACAAAAAUUCAUUUACAAAACAUUGAUUUGCAUGAGCCUAGCAAACCAAAACUUUUUCAUCACAGUAUCAUCACUAAGGAUAAAAAAAGAAGAUUUAAAAGAAGGGACCCAUUUCCAGAACAAAAAAAUAGAAUCAAAGGUAGCUAUGACAGAGAUGCAGAGUACAUUAGACACCUUAGGAAACAAUUAAUAAAGUUUCCAAAUGCUCAGCCUGUACUUGGUUUAAGCAGUGGAAGCUGGACAUUAAAAUUACCUUUUAUUCAAAAUAUUAUUGGACCUUCGUUGAGAGCAAUAUUUGUUGUUCGAGACCCUCGUUCAUGGAUUUAUACAUUGCUAUAUAAAAGCAGGCCUAAUCUAUUCUCUUUGAGGAAUAUCCCUCAGCGUUUAUAUGAAAUAUUCAAAGAAGAAGAAAAACAGAAAUGUAAGUCUAAUGCAGGCUACGCAUUUGAAUAUGAAUCAUUAGAAGAUGAAUUCUUUGAUUCAGAAUCAAAUCCUCUUUCAAAACUGUCCCACUUGUGGUUAUCAAACACAGCUGCAGCACGGAGGAUAAACAGAAACUUGCCUGCAAUAAAUUAUCUCUUGGUUAAAUUUGAAGACAUUAUAAACUCGCCACAAGAAACAGCAGAACAGAUCUAUACAUUUUUUGGAAUUCCUAUUUCUCCUGCAAGUUUAAACCAAAUACUUUUUGCUAGUUCCACAAACUUAUUUUAUCUUCCACAAGAAGGAGAGAUAUCCCCAUCAAGCUUAAAUACUUGGAAACUUAAUAUGCCUAAGGAAGAUAUUAAAUUAAUUGAGAAUAUAUGUUUAACACAAAUGCAACAGCUUGGAUAUACAAAGUAUAUAGAUUAAGGUAUUGGCUGCAAAUUUCCUAAAUCCACUGAAGUGAUAACGCAACCAAAAUCCCUUAUUAAAUGGAUUUUCUGAGAAUAAUCCCUUAAAUGCUGCAGGUCAGCAUUCAAUUGCACUAACAAGCUCGAUAUCCUUGAUGGAAUACAAUCAAUAUAAAAACAGAAUUUUUUUUAUUCUUAUAUAAUGUAUGUAAAGUUUUCGAGAAAGAUUUUCCUUUCAAUUACUUUUUUAAGGGCUGAACUGUUAUUUAAUUUAAUAACAUCUACAGUUAAACAUUUAUUAAAAUAGGUAACAUAAUAGGUUAUGAUGUUUAUUUCUGAUACAUUUGUGCUUUUGCUCAGUAAGAUUGUCUUAAGCUGUUGGUAUCAUUGUGCCAUAAUAUUUGUUUAAUUUGGUUAAUAUG